AUCCCAAUUAGAAAAAUGUUGCAUUGUCAAUGUACCUCUAAAUAGACGAAUGGUAUACACUGAAAUUCUAGGCUAAAUUGGAUGAUAAUUAUUGUUCACUCUCUAAUCAAACUUUGCACUGCACAGUUCGAACACCACUUCCCCUAGGACUCUGACGCCCCAUUUAAAGCCUGCCACCGGCACACGCUCGUUCACUCCGUGAAAUAUCUUCCCGAAUUUUAUGUCGGGUGGAAACCUAAUGGGAGUGAACCCCAAACAAAUUGGUCGUUUCUGCGGGUGUCUGGAGUAAAAAUACGAGUCGGUAGAACCUGGGACCAUUGUCGGGAGAAUUGGUGCACCGUCGGCAUGCUUGGCGAUUGUUUUUGCUACGACCGACAUGACUUCGCUGCAGGCUGGGUUGGUCAAGUCUUCGCUGACGGCCUCACGACUUACCAUCACCUCUAGCGUCACUUCCGGUGGGAUUUCUUCCCCACCGGUUGGAUCUGGAGCUGGCUCGAACAUACGUGGACCAAUCAGAUCCUUGAUAUCUUGGACGACGUCAUCGAUUGUGCAGCCGGGGAGGAGACGAGCAUUUAUGAUCAUCCAGGCUGUGGGCGGGAUUUGAUUAGCCUUGUCGCCCCCGCCAAUUAUUGUAGGGGUUGCCGUGUUGCGCAUAAGCGGAGAGAAAAUGUUCACUUGGUCGGCUGUGAGUAGAUUGUUCAUGAUUACGCUGGUGAACAUGGGCGAGAGGAGACGACGAAAAAUGGCCGAUUUUGGAAACGGGAGUACGUCGGCGAUGCCGUUUAUCGAGGCUGUGUUCACAGGGUUAACCCGAACAGGGAGUCGACCGUGGGUUAAUUUGUGUGCCAGCAAACCCACUUUAGCGAUGGGGUUUUCAUCAUUGUGAACCGACGCAUGCCCUCCCUCUCCUCUUACAGUCAACUUCACUCUGGCACUGCCCUUCUCGGCAAACUGAACGGGAAAAACCUCUCUGUCGCUUAUGAACAUUGAAAAACCUCCAACUUCGUUGAAAACCACAUCGGCUUGAAUCAAAUCCGGGCGAUUUUCGAUCAAGUACUUGACUCCAUAAGCCGAGUCGGAGCGUUCUUCGUCCGCCAAGCCGGCAAAGAUGAGGUCGCGCCCGAGACCGACGCCGGCCUUCUUUAUAAAGCAGAGGAGAGCUACGGACUGGGCCGCCAUGUGCUUCAUGUCUACGGCCCCACGUCCGUACAAGCAGCCGUCCGCCUCGUCUAUCUCGGCUCCGUAUGGAUCGUGCUUCCAUCCCUCGGCGGCCCAGUGUUCUUUAGGCGCGUGCACCGUAUCCAGAUGAGCACUCAGCAAGAGGGGACCUUUCCCCGACGUUCCGUCUCCAGUAAGGCGCGCUACGAUGUUCCCCCGACCCGGUUUGGGCUCGAUCACUUCGUAGGGUACCCCCGCCUCGUCGAAGCGCGCCUUCAGCAGCUCCACUGCCGCUGUUUCCGUGCCCCCCGCCUCCUCGAAGUUCUGCGUGUCUGUGCGGAUCAGAUCACGAAGUAGGCCCAGGGCGUCGGCUUGUAUUUCGGCCCACUUUGCCUCCAUAUACUCCUCCAUUUUUCUUCGUGGUUCGCGGUCGGUGGUGUGGUGCAAAGAAAGGGGUGGAGCUCGUUUAUGACACGUGAUCAGGCUAGCUAGCUAACUAGCUAGUAGAGCUGCGCAUCAUCUGCGAUCAUGAAGCUAUGCCAGGGUGUCUUGCUGCUCGCAUUCAACCAUCUGUGCUGUGCUCUAGCUGCAGACGGACCUAUCGUGGCAACACUCUACGGAAAGAUCCAAGGAAAGUAUACUAGCACAGCACAGGUCUUUACAUCAAUACCCUAUGCUCGACCACCAACCAAUGAACUCAGAUGGAAAGACUCAGUUCCUCCAGAGCCCUGGGAAGGUGUAAUAGAGACGGUGGCAGAUCCUCCAGGUUGUCCACAGGGCAUCCCCUGCAACCUGCCUCUUCCCGAACUCACCUGCCCCAAGAGAGUCACUGAAGACUGCCUCUAUCUCAACGUAUUCACCCCGCUCAGUGCGCAGCCUGAUGCUAAAAUUCCAGUGAUGGUUUUCUUUCACGGCGGAAACUUUUUGAGGGGUUACUCUGGAGGCCUGUUGUACGAUGGGCAAUACAUUGCCAACACUAGUAGAACCAUUGUUGUGACGGUCAACUAUCGUCUCGGAGCUAUCGGCUUUUUAGUCCUUGGCGAAGGUAGCGAUGCCAUUGAAGGCAACUAUGGGUUCAAGGACCAGCGCCUUGCUCUACACUGGGUUCAGGACAACAUAGCCGCCUUCGGUGGCGACCCCGGUCAGGUCACCAUCUGGGGUCAGAGUGCAGGGGCCGUUUCCGUGGCGCUACACAUGACAACAGUCAGAAGCAGUGGCCUGUUCAAUAAAGUGAUAAUGGAGAGCGAACCUAUUGAACUAACUCUUAAGGACAGGAAACACGCCCUGAAACUAGGAACAGAUUUUUCCAAAGAACUAGGUUGUGGUGAUAAAGAUAUUGCUUGCCUAUACUCAAAGAACAUCACUCUCAUAUCUGCUGUAGAAGAUGCACUUCUCUCGAAAAUCGUUGACCCUCUCCACGCAUUGGAGAUCUUUCUUCAGUGGACUCCCACCAUCGACGGUGUAGAUAUACUAGAUCAACCUUUCAACCUCCUUGCUAAUGGAGAAGCAGCCGAGAUACCAACAAUCAUCGGCACAGUGUCCCAAGAGGGAAUCUUCUUCAUCUACGAAGCCUCUCCAAAACCAUUAUCAAGAGUGGAAUACGAUGUAGCUGUUGUGGCUCUGUUUCCACUCCAUUUUGCCGCCGUCUUCCGCCACUACCCAGCACCCGAGGACGGACAGGACUGCAGAAUGCAGCUCGCAGUGGCCGGUACGGACUACACCUUCACGUGUCCAAACCGCUACGCCGUGAGAGGAUUCAUCGACACCACGGCGGCUCCCACGUGGACCUACGUCUUCAAUCACUCCAUCUCCUUCACCAGCUGGGGCCAGAACUUCACGUUCUGCGACGGACACUCCUGCCAUGGGGUGGAGCUGCCGUUCGUGUUCCACACGGCGCCACUGGCAGGCUUCAACUACUCCCAGUCAGAGCUGGAGCUGGCGGACCACAUGGUCACCUACUGGACCAACUUUGUACACACGGGGGCCCCAACGGUGCUCAAGACAACACUCAAGACCUGUUGGAUUGGCCCAGAUAUGAUGCCUCUGACAGUGGAAAGUCUCUGAGAUUCAGAGCUCCGGGCACUGAUGUUAUCAGUGAUUAUCAGGGAGAGAUAUGUGACUUUUGGGAUACUGUAGGUUACAACGAUGGCUAGAGCGUCCUUUUUGAUCGCAGCACUAUAAUGUGUGGGACACCAACAGUUUAUUUUAUGGACAAACAUAUUUAUUGUGAGUUUGGAUUAUUACCUUUUGUGUGAAUUGGCGGUGUUAAAAAACGGAAAAAUUUUUCAAAGAGUGAAAAAUGAGAGAUAGUUGAUGAGGAUACUGUUAGCACUUGUACUCGGGUAGUCCUUUGGCAAAAAGAGCCAUCUUGUGGAGGUUCUCGCUGCGAAGGAAAAACUUUGGCCUGCUGUUGAGGUAAGUCGGAACGUCUGUUUCUUGCAGCGGGAGAACAAUUGCGAUUUUGUCCAGCAACUGCCUGUUUCCGCCGUAAGACGGAGUUACCAAUCCGUGGCAGAGCUGCUUGAAAACUGGCACCAGGCUGGUCAGCCUGUCGCUCUGGUUGUACCACUCGCGAUAAAACGCGUCGUUACAGACGCAGAAAACGGCAGACACCUCCCUCAUCUGGGCCUCCAGCCAUGACGCGGGGCACUCUCUCGGCGUCGAAGUGUCCUCCGACACUGUCCGUAUGUUGUACUGGGUGAGGUCCCUCACCAGGAGGUGCUGUAUGGUCUUCUGCUCCUCGUCGAGGCUGGCUUUGGAGUAGAGAAUCAGAGCAGACGGAGGAGGAGGGAAAUCGUUACUCGGCUGUUGUGAGCUGGACAGACUCCGGGGUCUCUUUCUGUACGAGGAUCUAGAGUCGGUUCUGGCGGUCUUUGUACGUACGGAUUCAGAUCUGGCUCUCUUGGGUAUUCUCUUUGUGAGACCAGGUCUACCGGUUUUAUCAGUCGAAACUCCAUCGUUUGUGGCAGUCGAACGCCCACCAUUAGGGCACACUUCGUCUUUCUUCCUGCUAUCUUUCCCUCCAUAGUUCCCGUCCGAGGAUCCCUCAAAAGCGUCGUCAUCUUCCAGGGACAUGCUGACGCCACUUAUCUUCUCGGAGUCGGAACUA